CUGGCCAGUUUAAAUCGUCUUAAUGGUGUCAACGUCGUCCUCCGUGUGUUUGGACCGGCCGACUCCUCAUAUGCGCCCCCUUGCGAGAACUCGGCACAGGAACGCUUGCGCCGCUUUAGCCUUGAGGUGGAGAGGGAUAACCUCCAAUGACUUUGGUACAUUACUUGGGAGCAACCUUAGAAUCCUAAAGAGUAUUAUUCUCCAGGAGGGUACGGGAUUCGCAAAGGUUUGGAUGAAAUCUUCCAAGUCCCUUAUUUCAUAUGAAAGUGGAAGAAUAUACUUUGAGAAUUACAGAUGCUGUUACAGCAGCCUAACACCUCAGCCACAGCUGCUGUACGAGUUACCAAAACAGAGUAAAGCUGAGAAGAUUGAGGAUUCCUUAUUAUGCCAGUGUCCACUUGAUCAUGUGCUCCCUCAAGCUUCAGAGCAGAAACCCAGCCUGCUAGCCCUAACAGCCAAUAAUUGGCUAUAUUGCCUUUCAGCAGACAAUGGAGAAACUCUGCACAAAGUUUACCUCUCAUCUCGUUUCAAAUUCAGAUCACUGGGCUGGGACAUCUCACAGGAAACAUUUUAUGUCAAAUCCAUUCAACACAAACAGACAGUGCAGGCACGACAGGCUGGUGUUGAGAAUAACAUUCUUAUGCAUUUAGCCAUAUUCAAAGUCUUUCCUCUUGAUGUUGUCGGAAUGUUGGAGAUCAACAAGAAAGUCUUUGGCAAAUCUACAGUUGAUGUGCUUCUGUCUCAAGGAGUCCUAGCAGUGUCGCACAGCUCCAAAUGCGUGAAGCUUUACAGUUUUGAAUACAUUGUGGAAAAGGUCUGGUACAGUAUGCCAAAAUGUAAUGGUCAUGUCAUGGAUAUGAAUGUAGGCAUCUGUGUAAUUUUGCUUGCUUGUGGGCAUUUACCUUCUCAGCCUGUUGCUAUUCUAGCUGCCAUCUUCUUGUUUCAGUUCAGGACUAGGGAGUUGGUUCUGGGAGAGCAGUGUGAUUUAUAUGGUCCCAGAGGAACAGUGGGAGAAGCUCCCUAUGGCAUUCCAGUAAACAUUCAGAUCAAAGAAUGCCCUCCUGUACUCUUCGAGGUCUCAUACUUCGAUAAUGGCAUCCAGAUCGGAGGCCAUCCCUGGCACUACAUCCACACACCGAACCAUAAGAGGCACAGGGGGACACACCACAUCUGCUCCAUCCGAGACGGCACGCUGGCAAAAAAUGGAGUUCAGGAGAUGGAUUGCGACUCACUGGAGGCCGACUGGAUCUUCUUCCAUCCUGAUGACUCUGGCCGGAUCAUUCAUGCUGGGCCCAGCACCAUAAAGGUUCUGAAUAUCAAGACUGAAGCGGGCAUCGACGCACACUACGAGGUGGUCCCUGAUUUCUCCAUCAGUGCUACCCGAGACAACAGUCUGUACUCCCAAGUGACGGUGACAUCAUCAGGUCGCACAGUGAAGAGGAGGUUUCAGCAGCUAGAUGACGAUCCAGGGCAGGAGACAUUUAAGAUGGUUAAGUACGAGGAUGAGCUCGACCUAUUGGCUAUUGUGGAUGUCAGUCACACAGAGGAUGAGGGACAGGCCAAUGUUCGUCUCCAUGACAAUAAAAAUGGAGCAUUAAUGAAAAGAAUAUCCCUUAAGGAACCAUGGGAUGUGACCUACUGUCACGAAGUGCACUUUGACCGAGACACAGUCAUCCACAUUGAACAACAGAGGAACAACAACUUUUGCUGUCACGUUUAUAAGAUAAACCGAAGGAAAAACGUAUGAUUUGCACAUGAAUAUUUCAGUCUUGUUUUAGCCUCUAGAUCUUUGUAGCUGAGAACUAUAAAAAUGAGCAGUGACUGAUAUUUUUGUACUGUAUUUCAAAAACAAUACUUAUGGUCUCAGAUUUGUAAAAAAGUACCAGAACUGAAACUGAAUUUUGGAUUUGAAAGUAGAUUGUUAAAGGUAUUUCUCCGGAUGUUUUGAUUACUUAUUGAUGUCAGGUGUGCUCUUAAAUAAAGUGCAGCACAAGCGUGCCUUAACCCAAUAAAUACAUUGUAAAACAUU